AGAGCGUGCCGGGGCGGGCCGAGGGCCAAGAUCGGACCGAGAGCAGGGGCCGCAGCGCGCUGGAAGGGCGGGUCGAACUGAGGAGACGGUCACGUGACCGUCCGUUCCAGGCCCACUGGCAGCGUCAAUUCGACAUGAACGUCAGCACUCCCGUUAAAAAUAAUGCACGUCUCCCAUGCCGGGAGGACUUGGGUGCUGCCAGGCCGGCGCUCACCCUCCGCCUUCAUCUUCCCUCCUCCUUCCGGCCCCCGAACAGCUGAGGAUUUGUGGUCAGGCUCCCUUGCCUAUGGGGAGGCCGCAGGGCGUGCCGUCCCGGUCCCCCACGCUGUGUACCCCCCACAUAUGUGGGGCAGAGCAGCCACCCUACCACCAGCAGCAGCCAUCCAUCCUCAGAUGUGACCACUUCCCGAGGUCUCCACUGUGUCUAACAACCCACAGGGCAGUCACCACCGCUUUGCAGAUGAAGAAACUGAGGCAGUCUUCCCGAAGGACGGGGCAAAAAAAGCAGCAACUAGACAAAGCGGAGCGGCCGCAGAGCCCAUCCUAUGCAGUGCAGGCACCCUGCCCCAAGGAGCCCUGCUUGGGACCACCCACCACUCUGGGCCCACACCGCAGCAUCUAUUUCUCAAGCCCAAAGGGCUACCUUACUCGACUGGGGUCGGAGUUUUUCGACCAGCCGGCAGUCACCUUGGCCCAGGCGUUUCUGGGACAGGUCUUAGUCCGGCGACUUCCUAAUGGCACAGAGCUCCGAGGCCGCAUCGUGGAGACUGAGGCAUACCUGGGGCCAGAGGAUGAAGCUGCCCACUCAAGGGGUGGCCGGCAGACCCCCCGCAACCGAGGCAUGUUCAUGAAGCCAGGGACCCUGUAUGUGUACAUCAUUUACGGCAUGUACUUCUGCAUGAACAUCUCCAGCCAGGGGGACGGAGCUUGUGUCUUGCUGCGAGCACUGGAGCCCCUAGAAGGUCUGGAGACCAUGCGUCAGCUUCGCAGCACCCUCCGGAAAGGCACCGCCAGCCGUGUCCUCAAGGACCGUGAGCUCUGCAGUGGCCCCUCCAAGCUGUGCCAGGCCCUGGCCAUUGACAAGAGCUUUGACCAGAGGGACCUGGCUCAGGAUGAAGCUAUAUGGUUGGAGCAUGGCCCCCUGGAGCCCAGUGGACCAACUGUAGUAGCAGCAGCCCGGGUGGGCAUUGGCUAUGCAGGGGAGUGGUCCCGAAAACCCCUGCGCUUCUAUGUCCGGGGCAGCCCCUGGGUCAGUGUGGUCGACAGAGUGGCUGAGCAGGAUGCACAGGCCUGAGUAAAGGGCCUGCCGGGACAACAUUUUAAUUGUUAAAAAACAAAUAAAUGUUUUAUUUCUAGAAAA